UGUCGAAGCAGUCUCUUAAACUCAACGAAAAUUAAAGUCUAGUUUUUUCAAAAUCAAGAAGGAAAAUGUAUUCAAUUAGAAUUUUUGGUUGUUUUCUCAUCUACUUGAGGUUUUUUAUCAACUCCGUUAAUUCUUGUAGAGAAGCGGGUCAAUAUUGUCAGCAAAAAACUGAUUGUUGCACUUUUGGAAAUUUAAGUUGCGUAGCCAACCUGUGUUCGGCCCCUGUUAGUGCUUGUCGAGAAUCGGGCCAAUAUUGUCAACAGCAGACAGAUUGUUGCACUUAUAAAAAUUUGAAUUGCGUAUCUAAUGUAUGUACAGCCACUGUUAGUGCUUGUCGAGAAUCGGGCCAAUAUUGUCAACAGCAGACAGAUUGUUGCACUUAUAAAAAUUUGAAUUGCGUAUCUAAUGUAUGCACAACCACUGUUAGUGCUUGUCGAGAAUCGGGCCAAUAUUGUCAACAGCAGACAGAUUGUUGUACUCAAAAAAAUUUGAAUUGCAUAUCUAAUGUAUGCACAACCCCUGUUAGUGCUUGUCGAGAAGCGGGCCAAUAUUGUCAACAGAAGACAGAUUGUUGCACUUAUACAAAUUUGAAUUGCAUAUCCAAUGUUUGCGCUGCUUGUCGAGAAUCGGGCCAAUAUUGUCAACAGCAGGCAGAUUGUUGUACUCAAAAAAAUUUGAAUUGCAUAUCCAACGUAUGUUCGGCCACUGUUACUACUUGUCGAGAAUUGGGCCAAUAUUGUCAACAGCAGUCAGAUUGCUGCACUUUAAAAAAUUUAAUUUGCAUGUCCAAUGUGUGUUCUGCUCCUCCAAUUGGCUCCGUUAAUCCUUGUGGCGAAGUGGGCCAAUAUUGUCAACAGCAUGCAGAAUGUUGCACUUAUAAAAAUUUAGGUUGCACAUCUAAUGUUUGUACCGCAUCCACUUCAAUAUUUAAUUAGCAAGAUUGAAGAAAUACUUUCAUUAUUAAUGUUGCUAUGGAAAUCUUCUGUAUUGUUAUUUGGGAGAGAACGAACAUGAGAAUCUGUAUAUUAUAAUAAAAAACUUU